GCCUUCUGUCCGCAACGUGUCGAACGCCGUUGCUAUAAGCGAGUCAGUUCGUAGUGUCACUGUAGUUCGUUUACAAACACGUUUCGCGGAGCGAGACGGAGAGAUCGUUUCGCCAUUUGGUUGCACGACAGUGACGAUCCCCGAAACGUCGUAGCUAACGCCGAUAAAACACGCUGACUCGCAGUGUACGAGAAUAAAAGACUAUCGUGCUCGUUAAUGGCUGCCAGGGUCGUCGGCUAGAGGCCGUUUAGCGAAGUUUCGAGCUGCCAGUGCGAUAACACAGCCCGUAACCGAUGAGUGUUAGAUCGGCAGGCGGCCACAUGGUGAAGCAGAGGAGGUUCAUCGGGAACACGAACAACAAGAUGAUCAACAUACGAGAAUAUUUAUAGGUGUUUUUAGGUGAGACCACGACGGAAUACGUUACACGUGUCUAUAUCCCGUGUCCAGGAUCGGUGAACGAGAAGCGUGCUCGCGGAUCGAUCUGCAUGCCGCUGAAGGAGAGCACAACAGGGCCCCGUAGCAACGACGACGCAACCGGUCACGUUUCGAUAGCCGACAAAUUGUAAAACGUGUAUGCUGGCCAGGUAUCCGGAGUGAAUGUAAAAUAAACGAUCACCGAUAGAUUUCAGAGGAGUACAGGAACGGCGUGUAGUCACGCGUCCGUCUAGCUAUGGUCAGCCUCUGCGACGACGACGACGACCUGAUUUCCUGUUUUUACGUAACCCCCGCGAGAUGUUUGAUUUUCACGCGCAGAUCCGAUUUAUCGAGUGUUCGUACGAGGAGCGAAUCUAAAAAGGCAUUCGUGCGAGCGUGUUAGAGAUAAAGUACGCGAAGGAAAAUAGAGGAGGAACGAGGGAAACAUGAGUUCCCUGUAACACGCUCUCGUAGAAAGAGAUCGCGCGAUUCGAUACAGCUCUGCCUUGUGUGCGUGUACACGUUCACGUAUCUACUGCCAGUGAGUUCGUGCUUCGUUAGACAGGUUUUUCUUAGGUUUUCAGCGAUUCUAGUAGUCUCAAAGAGAUAGAGGACAAGCCAAAGUAAACCAGUGAUAUUUUUUAUGCAGUAUUUUCCUUCCAUUAUUGCGAGCGAAAUAAAGCUAAGGGAAAAGAGAGUGGAAGUGUUGGACGAGUCGUAGCUGGAGAAAUAUAAAGAAAGGAUAAAGAGAAAUCGAUCUAUCGAACGAAUUUUGAACAACCAGAGAGAUUUUUAUUAUUUUCUCUACGACUCGAGCGCCGACAUCGGCAGGUUUCCUUCAAAAUGAGUUGUUAAUUAAGAAUGCGCGAUGACACGGCGAAUUUAUCAGUGGACAGCAAACCCGCGCGAGAAGGCGCAGGGUAUGGAAAUGGAACCCCGAAAAACAAACUCUCACCGUCAGGAAAAAAUAUUCUUGAAGUUGAAUUCGUACCGCCACAAACGAAGGAGGAGGACAAGCCGGCUACGCCGGAUCAGAUCCUGCCGCCAGUGCCUUACUUCAAACUCUUUCGAUUUGCAACAUGCGGGGAGCUGAUGCUGGUCUUCGGUGGCCUGAUCAUGGGAACACUGACAGGCCUCUGCAUCCCCAUCUCGACGAUUCAGUACGGUGAAUUCACCACGUUGCUGGUGGAUCGCAACAUGGAGAAUCAGACUAGUACACCGACGCUCAUAAUGAAGUGGUUCGGAGGAGGAAAGGUCUUAGGACCGGACGUGCCCUACGAGGAGAGGAUGGAUGCGCUGUACGACGACUCGGUUGCGUUCGGAGUAUCCUCCGCGGCGUUAUCCACGCUGCAGUUUGUCUUUGCCGUGUUCACGGUCGAUCUGCUAAAUAUCGCCGCCUCUAGACAGAUCGUCCGGGUACGCAAAAUGUUCCUGCGCGCUGUCCUCAGGCAGGACAUGACCUGGUACGACAUAAACACGUCGACCAACUUCGCCAGUAGGAUCACCGAGGACUUGGACAAGAUGAAAGACGGCAUAGGAGAGAAGCUCGGCGUAUUCACGUACCUGAUGGUGUCCUUCAUCUCCUCCAUCAUCAUAUCGUUCGUAUAUGGAUGGAAAUUAACGCUGGUGGUGCUAAGCUGCGCGCCAAUCAUCGUGAUAGCCACUGCCGUGGUAGCGAAAGUUCAGAGCUCCUUAACGGCUCAGGAGUUGAACGCUUACGGCCAGGCCGGAAACGUCGCCGAGGAAGUAUUAGCCGCCAUCAGGACCGUGAUCGCCUUCAACGGCGAGCAAAAGGAGGUGGACAGAUACGCGGAGAAGCUGGUGCCGGCUGAAAAGACAGGGAUCAGACGUGGAAUGUGGUCCGGCGUGGGUGGUGGCGUGAUGUGGUUCAUCAUAUACAUCAGCUACGCCGUCGCGUUUUGGUACGGUGUCCAGCUGAUCCUAGAGGACAGACCCAAGGAGGUGAAGGAGUACACGCCAGCCGUGCUGGUGAUCGUGUUCUUCGGCGUGCUGGCCGGUGCCCAGAACAUGGGUCUAACCUCGCCUCAUCUCGAGGCGUUCGCGGUGGCUCGUGGUUCGGCCGCAGCGAUUUUCCAAGUGCUCGAUCGCGUGCCUUCGAUCGACAGUCUGAGCAAGGACGGCCAGAAGCUGCCAUCCGUCAACGGCGAGAUCGAGUUCAAGAACGUACAUUUCCAGUAUCCCGCUAGGAAGGACGUGAAGGUGUUGCAGGGCUUGAAUCUGACUAUAAAUCGGGGCGAGACAGUGGCGCUCGUCGGUGGAUCCGGCUGCGGGAAAUCUACCUGUUUGCAACUCAUCCAACGUCUCUACGAUCCCGCCAAGGGACAGGUGAUGCUGGACGGCGUGGAUAUCUCGAAGCUGAACGUGCAAUGGCUCCGUUCGCACAUAGGUGUGGUCGGCCAGGAGCCGGUGCUCUUUGACACGACGAUACGAGAGAAUAUCCGGUACGGAAAUGACAGCAUUACCGAGGAAGAGAUGAUCAAAGCCGCGAAGGAAGCGAACGCUCACGACUUCAUCAGCAAACUGCCCGAGGCUUACGAUAGCCCCGUGGGAGAAAGAGGAUCGCAAAUGUCCGGUGGACAGAAGCAGAGAAUCGCGAUUGCUCGAGCCUUGGUCAGACGACCUGCCAUACUUUUGUUGGACGAAGCCACGUCUGCCCUGGAUCUACAUAGCGAAGCCACCGUGCAGAGAGCUUUGGACGCUGCCUCGAAGGGUAGAACGACGAUCGUUGUCACUCACAGGCUUUCGACUAUCACGAAUGCCGAUAGAAUAGUGUUUAUAAAGGACGGUCAGGUGGUUGAACAGGGUACACACGAGGAACUGCUCGCCCUUGGAAAGCAUUACUAUGGAUUGGUCUCUGCCGAUGCUAGCGCCACCGCCAGAGCGAAAGCGACGGCGUCAGCCGCAAAGACGAUCACCGCAACCAUACCGAAGCAGAAGCCACCGUUGAAGAGGCAAUUCUCCACUUUGUCGAUGCACUCUCAUCGGCUGUCGUUGGCUGGCGCAUCCGAAAGCUCGGCGAACCAACUGGAAGAACAUGAGAAGCCGUACGAUGCACCGAUGAUGAGGAUAUUCGGACUCAAUAAACCGGAAUGGCCUUUCAAUUUGAUCGGAUGCCUGGCAGCGGCCAUGGUGGGUGCCUCGUUCCCGGCAUUCGCGGUCCUCUUUGGUGAAGUUUACUACGUUUUGGGUCUUCAAGACGACGAGGAAGUACGUCGCGAGACGGUGAACUUCUCCAUUCUCUUUCUAAUAGUAGGAGUGGUCACUGGCGUAGGCACUUUCCUGCAAAUGUACAUGUUCGGCUUGGCUGGCGUGCGAAUGACCACCAGGAUCAGAAGGAUGGCAUUCGCCGCGAUGCUGCGACAGGAAAUGGGCUGGUACGACGAGGACACGAAUAGCGUGGGUGCCCUUUGCGCCAGGCUGUCCUCCGACGCCGGUGCUGUUCAGGGUGCAACCGGGACACGCGUUGGAGCCAUUCUCCAGGCUCUGUCGACCUUGGUCCUCGGAAUUGGAUUAUCCAUGUAUUAUACUUGGAAGAUGACGCUGGUUUCCGUCGUCUCGAUACCUCUGGUGUUAGGCGCGGUGUUCUUCGAGGCCAGGGUUAUGAGCGGUCAGGGUCUGCAAGAGAAGAAGAAGAUGGAGACGGCAACGAGAAUCGCCAUAGAGGCGAUCUCGAAUAUUCGCACGGUAGCCAGUCUUGGGAAAGAGGAAGCUUUCCUGCAGCGUUAUUGCGUGGAGCUGGAUCACGUGGCUGAAGCAACGAGAAUCAGGAACAGACUGAGAGGACUGGUAUUCUCGUGUGGCCAGACCACGCCAUUCUUCGGUUAUGCCUUGAGUCUUUAUUACGGUGGCGCUUUGGUGGCCACGGAAGGCUUGAGCUAUCAGGACGUGAUCAAAGUGUCGGAGGCGUUGAUCUUCGGCUCCUGGAUGUUGGGACAGGCUCUGGCCUUUGCUCCCAAUUUCAACACGGCCAAGAUUUCCGCCGGAAGGAUAUUCAAACUCUUGGACAGGGUCCCUGAGAUUACCUCGCCACCGGAUUCGGAAGAUAAAGAUCUAGAUUGGAAAGCGGACGGUUUGAUUCAAUUCUCGAAAGUCGAGUUCCACUAUCCGACCAGGCCAGAGAUGCACAUUCUACAGGGCUUGAAUCUAAUCGUGAAGCCAGGACAGAUGGUCGCAUUGGUGGGCCAGAGUGGAUGCGGCAAGUCCACCUGCAUCCAAUUAUUGCAACGACUCUACGACCCGAUUUCCGGCUCCGUCACGAUGGACAGGCGUGACAUCUCGUCGGUAUCGUUGCGUAAUUUGAGGUCUCAGCUCGGCGUGGUCGGCCAGGAACCGGUCCUGUUCGACAGGACGAUCGCCGAGAAUAUCGCUUACGGCGACAACUUUAGAUCAGUGGCGAUGGAGGAGAUCAUAGAGGCCGCCAAGAAGUCAAACAUCCACAGCUUCGUCAGCUCUCUACCGCUAGGUUACGAUACUAGGUUAGGCUCUAAGGGUACACAGCUGUCCGGAGGACAGAAGCAGCGUAUCGCCAUAGCUCGCGCUCUGGUCAGGAAUCCUCGAAUCCUGUUGCUAGACGAGGCAACGUCUGCUCUCGAUACUCAGAGCGAGAAGGUGGUGCAAGCGGCCCUGGACAAGGCCAUGGAGGGUAGGACGUGCAUCACCAUAGCGCAUCGUUUGGCGACUAUAAGGAACGCCGACGUGAUCUGCGUGCUGGAGAAGGGUACCGUGGCGGAAAUGGGCACUCACGACGAUUUAAUCGCGGCUGAUGGCCUCUACGCUCACCUGCACGCUCUCCAGGAGGCCGCCAUGGAGUAGAGUCGAACGGCGACGUCGAACCAGCGUCCCAUAGACGCUCCACGGGGUUGCAACGCCCGAACGAUGAAACGCACCGGUUUCCGUCGAGGCGUCCCGACCCAGCAGCCACCCGGGUGCAAUCGGUUAAGAACGGAUGAACUCCGGCUCGCCGACGAGAGUAGCAGAGAGAUUCACCUGACACGUCUAUAGGAAGCCCGAGGAAACGCGUGUCGGAGCUUUCGUUAUAUUUUCACACCGACAGAUGCUCCCUUUGUCUUCUCAGCCGACCCCUAAUCUUAUCAUAGACUACGUUUCAACCAUAGUUUCUCGCGGUUUUAAUUAUGCGUAUAUUCAACCUCCUCGCGUGCCUCCAUCUCGCUUAGGAUCGGUUUCACCGUGCAGAGUGGAGGGACUUGCAGGAAGAGGAUUCUCCGUAGCGGACUUGAAUAUUGUUAUUAGCUGUCACGUCGAUAUUUUCUUCGUUCGUACCUUAGACGUCGAAACACUCGCGUUUUCACGGCGCUCGCUCCUCCCCAUGCCGAUCCUCGCGUCUUGUACCGGGAAGGAGGAACCAAGGAACCCGUGCAUCGGAACCGGAAACUGCCCCGUGGACCGAGCAAGCGUCAGCAUGGCGUGGAGCCAUUGGAUCCCCAUCGAUCUUCCUAUCUGCAGCGCGUUAUACGUGUAACGAUCUCCUAGCUUGCGAACGUUAAAACGCGUCGUCGUUCUCGACUACGCUGCCUGCUUAACGGACACUAGCCUGUUCUCCCUGAAACGAUAUCCAGUUCUUCGACUGCGCGUUCCUUUUUCCACGGCCUUUACGAUGCUCGCGAGAUCGCGGAAAAUCGCUCGACCCUCGAUGCAUUCGAACGAAGACUCCGUAGGAUGGCACGUAGCCACGAUCAACGAUCCCUUGAACCAUUCGUCGCUGGUCGAGAAUACCAAACUAGCCGUCGGGGGUAGCCGCGAAUGCGUUAGUCGGACCGUCCCUGGUAGACGGGGAUGCAAAUAUGAUCGAAGUCGAGGAACGUGGCGCAGGACGCGUGCAUCGAAUUAAAGAGACAGCGCGAGUGAGACAUCCACGUGGGCACACGGGGUUGAUCAGCGUCGAUCGAGACCGGCUAAAGGCGACAGGUGUUUCGUAAAACGACACGUUGCACGCGUCUCGACGAUGUCCUCUUCUUCUACGAUCCCGGGCUACGUCCAAUCGCAUGAAAAAUGUAUGAACGUGACUCUCGAUACAGGCAGUCGCCUUCCCCUCUUCUCUGUCAACCCUCGCUCGCAAAACCCAGAUUUCUCGCCACUCGUCGCGUCUCCCGAUUGGAUUCCACUGGACUUUAACGAAUUCAUCCGCGGGAUAAGGUGUCGGUUGCGUUUACCAGGCGAAUGUUGAUGGAAAUCCUUCGCUUUUCGUGCCUUAGCAAUAGCGUAUUCCUUGCUCAACUAAGAGAACGCGACAGGAGCUCGAAGCUGGGGACAGAGAAGGGGCGGGGGUUGGAUUUCAACGACGAACAGGAAGAUCGUGGUUUCGAAACACCGGCUAGGAUCGACACACGGGUUUGUCGAAUCAAAAGGAUGCACGACGAGAAUUUUUUGGAAAGUUCUGCGAAUAUGGGGCAGCGUAACGUUCACGCGGAGAGGCAUUUCACUAGGCGUUUCCGUGCGUCGAGGACCCAUUCAUACGGUGGUUGGAUUUCCGUGGUCGAACUUGGCGACAGAUACUUUCCCGAACUUGUGCCUUCAUACUUGGUAUACUUAGCGAUAAGAUUCCGCCGACUGCCCUCGAGGCUCAUCAACUGUGAACGAUCACGUACGACACAUGGCGCGAAGCGUGAAAGAAUUUUUCGAGUAACUCGUCUUUCUCGUUUUCUCUGUUCGUCUGAGGUUAUCCUCGCUUUAAGAUGUAACUCGAUCGAGAUACCACUUUCUUGAGAAAUAUUAACAUUCGCGAGUAGGAUUUCCGAUACGUCCUCGCGUCCAUGUUCGCACGUGUACAGUGAACCAAGCAGAGUACUUAAUUUACCUCGAGACGCGAUCGAACGAAGGCCUGCGAUCAAGCUUUGCACCGAUGGUCGAAGUAACAGUGUUUUGUCAUCACAGCGACAGUACAACGUAGCGACGUAGAACGUGUUUGAGCCAGGAACGAGCGUUUCGCGAUCGGAACGGCCGAUUCCGAUGCCUGCGAAUCCAGCUUGCGAUCGGAAUACCCGUGUUCCAUCGAGGAAACCCGCUGUCCUUUAACCGUGUACUUACUCGCGUGCCAAGUUGGUCGAAAAGAGAACGAGAAAGUAGAAUCGACGCGUCGUUUUGAUGAUCGUUUCGUCAAGGAAACUCACGGUUCUAGGUGUCCUUUCUCUUUUUCGAAUCGCGAUCAUGGUGCUCGAUUCGUUGGACAAAUCUCAGACUUAUUAUACCAAUCAAAAUUGAGCUUAGGGUUUAUUAUGUAACUUUUCAGAAUAUUACUAUUACUAUAUAUACAUACACUCACACACACAUAUAUAUAUAUAUGCAUACGUAAGAAUACGAUCGAGCACUAGACGGAAGAAUGAGUAGAGUGCAUAGAAGUGAGUGAGGGAGAGAAAGAGAGGGAGAGCUUCUAGUAUGUAAAAGAUAUUGAAGUUGUUACUUAAGAUUAAGGCUGCGGCCAGCGUAACUUAAGGGCAGAGAUCUUAAAGAUACGUGAACGAGCGAUCGCUUGGUUCAACACGUGUGCGACUUAAAAUGGCGAAAGAAAACAACAGCGUGUGUUUCGUUUUAUCUUCUCUCUUUAUUUCAUUUCUUUUUUUCUUUUUUCAUAUAUCGAAAGCGUGUCAAGUUGUAAUUACACAGCGAUUAUUAGGCAGUAUGACGACAAAGAGGAAGUAUUAA